GUCCGCCUUCCAAGAUGGCUGCGUCCGUAGUGCGGCGCUUGGGUCCUCUAGUGGCUGGUCGGUGCCUGCGGCUUCGAGGAGGCUGUGUCUGUAACCAGAGCUUCAAGAGAAGUUUCGCUACGGAGAGACAGGACCGGAACCUCCUGUACGAACACGCGCGUGAGGGCUACAGCGCGCUCCCUCAGCUGGAUAUGGAACCACUGUGCGCACACCCGGAAGAUGCCGCGCGCGCGCUGGAGCUCCGCAAGGGGGAGUUGCGGUCGAAGGAUCUGCCCGGCAUCAUCUCAACAUGGCAGGAGCUGAGGCAGCUGCGGGAACAGAUCCGGAGCCUGGAGGAGGAGAAGGGGGCCGUGACGGAGGCAGUGCGGGCCCUGGUGGCAAACCAGGACAACAAUGAAGUGCAGCAGGACCCCCAAUAUCAGAGUCUGCGGGCACAUGGCCGGGAGAUCCGGAAGCAGCUCACACUCCUCUACCCCAAGGAGGCCCAGCUCGAAGAGCAGUUUUACCUGCGGGCACUGAGGCUGCCCAACCAGACCCACCCAGACGUGCCUGUUGGGGAUGAAAGCCAGGCCCGUGUGCUCCAUGUCGUUGGAGACAAGCCAGCUUUCUCCUUCCAACCCCGGGGCCACCUGGAAAUAGCCGAGAAACUCGACAUCAUCCGUCAGAAGCGCCUGUCGCACGUGUCUGGCCACCGCUCCUAUUACCUGCGCGGGGCUGGGGCCCUCCUGCAGUACGGCCUGGUCAACUUCACACUCAACAAGCUCAUCCACCGGGGCUUCACCCCCAUGACGGUGCCAGACCUUCUCCGAGGAGUUGUGUUUGAAGGCUGUGGGAUGACACCAAAUGCCAAACCAUCCCAAAUUUACAACAUCGACCCCUCCCGCUUCGAAGACCUCAACCUGGCCGGGACAGCAGAGGUGGGACUUGCAGGCUACUUCAUGGACCACUCCGUGGCCUUCAGGGACCUGCCAAUCAGGAUGGUUUGUUCCAGUACCUGCUACCGGGCGGAAACAGACACGGGGAAAGAGCCAUGGGGGCUGUAUCGAGUACACCACUUCACCAAGGUGGAAAUGUUUGGGGUGACAGGCCCCGGGCUGGAGCAGAGCUCAGAGCUGCUGGAGGAGUUCCUGUCCCUUCAGAUGGAGAUCUUGACAGAGCUGGGCUUGCACUUCCGAGUCCUGGACAUGCCCACACAGGAGCUGGGCCUGCCUGCCUACCGCAAGUUCGACAUCGAGGCCUGGAUGCCAGGGCGAGGCCGCUUCGGCGAGGUCACCAGUGCUUCCAACUGCACGGACUUCCAGAGCCGCCGUCUACACAUCAUGUUCCAGACCGAGGCCGGGGAGCUGCAGUUCGCGCACACGGUGAACGCCACGGGCUGUGCUGUCCCUCGGCUCCUCAUCGCCCUCCUGGAGAGCUAUCAGCAGAAGGACGGCUCGGUGCUCGUGCCCCCUGCCCUCCAGCCCUACCUCGGCACCGAUCGGAUCACCACCCCCACCCACGUGCCUCUCCAGUACAUCGGCCCCAACCAGCCCCAGAAGCCCAGGCUCCCGGGCCAGCCUGCCUCGAGCUGAGGACUCAUCCUCGUUGGCCAGUAGGGUUGUCACCACUUCCUGGAGCUUAGGGGUCCCUGGGCCCCUGGGACCUGGUGUCCUGAGUCCCUUCCGAUAUCUACCUUCUUCAUGUCCACUCCUCACCUGGGCCUCUGGACUUCAGGGUCCACCUCUCCUAUGCCUCUUUUUCCUGGGGAUCAGUCAGAGACCCUGUUGUCAUUGGGGGUCCCAUCCUGCAGUGGGAAGCAGUAAUUCCUCCAAGGGGACUUGGAGGUCUGGGGGAGGGUGGAGAAGAGGGAGAGGAGGCCUCCAUGCCUCCUUCCUUCUUCCCACCCUCAGUGGUUAAGAGAAGGUUCCCUAAUAAAUAGUCAGAACAAAGGCUUGUGUGGGUCUGUGAGGGAGGGAGGUAGCCUGGCCGACUUGCCAGGGAUGCUGGCCAGUUUCUCAGAGGUGCUGAACCAUCCAGGGGUCUGUGGCUGCAGGGACCAUGCCAGAAGUGUCCAGCACCCCCGGAGCACGUAGAGGGUAGCUUGGGGGUCACUGAGGGAACCAAGAGGAUGCUGAGGCCUCUCCCCUGACCCUGGGAUAAGUGGCACCUCACACCCAACCUUCCACCUCAGUCCCCAGCCUCAGGUGGGGCGGGAAGCAGCCUGAGCUCGGUGAAGCCAGAACCCACUCCUCCCCUUGGAGCGCCCAUCUCCGUACCUGGAACUGCUGUAGCAGCUCCUCCAGCUGCAGCACUUCAGGUCAUCCUCGGCUAUUCUCACGUCCACAUCCCAUCCUUCAGCAAACCCUGGCAGCUCCUCCUUCAAAUUAUUUCCAGGGGGUCUCUGGUUGCCCAGUGGUUAAGAAUCCAUUUGCCAAUGCAGAGGACACAAGUUCGAUCCCUGGUCUGGGAAGAUCCCACGUGCCAUGGAGCAACUAAGGCUGUCCUCCACAACUACUGAGCCCAAGCUCUGGAGCCCAGGAACUGCAACCACUGAGCCUGUGCGCCUAGAACCUGUGCUCUCUACAACCAGAGAAAGCCUGUAUGCAGCAACGAAGACCCAGUGCAGCCAAAAAUAAAUAAAUCUUAAAAAAAGAAAAAAUUCCCAGAUCCUGCCUUUGCUGCCUCGU